AUGUCAAUAGAUAUGCAAGAUUAUGAUGACCGGUGUCUAGAUAUGAUGCCCACGGCCGAUCUUAUUAUUGUCAGCAAAGAUUUCGCGAGGACGCUCGGAUAUAAGUCAAUGUCUGAUACACUGGAUGGCCUUUAUGGAUACCUCAAACCUGGAGCGACCUUGGUGGUGCCGUGGGGAGAGCAAGGAGCGGCUGCAAAAGGUCCUGAGGGCGUCUUCUUGGCCCCCGCCUAUCCUCCAGAGCGCGUCUUGGACACGUUGGGCGCUGGAGACGCCUUCUGCGCCGCGCUGCUGUCUGCGCUGUCUAGCGGAUGCCCCCUGCAACACAGCCUGCGAUACGCCUGCCAGGUUGCUGGCGCCAAGGUCGGAAUGCACGGCUUCCGUGGACUUCGGGACGUCCUCAGGGAACGCGGUGAAAAUGUGCUCUCCCCCGUGAAUUUGCCCCUGCUCGUUGUGCAAGUUGGAUUCCAGGGGCAUAUCGAGUUGUAUGUGCCCCUGUCUACUUAG